GGCCAGCCACGCUCGUCGAUUCAUUUCAGCUUACAGUCGCAGGCCGCGAGGAAGUGUCAGAGGAUAGUGUCAUCAUGCCACUGUCGGCACUCCCUUCAUUAUUCUUCUUGGCUGUAAUGAUGCUGCUUUCCACCGAGCUUGGUGCCUCCCAGCCAAAGAAGCCAAACAUUAUUUUCAUAAUUGCAGAUGACCUGGGUUGGAACGAUGUCGGCUUUCACGGAUCCAAUCAAAUUCCAACGCCCAAUAUUGAUGCCUUGGCCUAUUCAGGGGUCAUCUUGAACAAUUACUAUGUCAUGCCCGUCUGCACGCCCUCCAGAAGUGCUCUCAUGACUGGCAAGCAUCCAAUUCACACUGGAAUGCAGCACAGAGUGAUAUUUGCGAAUGAGCCCUGGGGACUGCCUUUGCAAGAAAAACUGCUGCCCCAGUACUUACGGGAACAAGGGUACAAAAACCACAUUGUAGGCAAGUGGCACUUGGGUCACUUCAAAAAAGAGUACACCCCGCUCUACCGAGGUUUCGACUCGCACUUUGGGUACUGGUCAGGCCACCAGGAUUACUAUGACCACACAGCGCAAGAAAGCCUGUUCUACUGGGGUUAUGACAUGAGAAGAAACAUGAAUGUGUCAUUCGACAGCAGGGGAAAGUACACAACCACCCUGCUGACGGAAGAAGCUGUCAAAAUCGUGCACGAUCACAAUACUUCGGAGCCGCUGUUCCUGUACUUGGCGCACUUGGCGACGCACUCUGCGAACCCCUACCUACCAUUGCAGGCGCCUGAAGAAGUUGUGCAGAAAUUCAGUUAUAUCGAAGACAAGGAUCGACGAAUUUUUGCAGCAAUGCUCUCGUUGAUGGACGAGUCUGUGGGCGAGGUCACAAGGGCGUUGAGCGAAAAGGGCAUGCUUGAUGAUUCAAUUAUUAUAUUUACGACCGACAAUGGUGGACCUGCUGGUGGAUUCAAUUUGAAUGCAGCCAGCAACUGGCCCCUAAGAGGCGUCAAAGAUUCGUUGUGGGAGGGAGGAGUUCGAGGCGCAGCGUUAAUAUGGAGCCCGCUAAUCAAAAACACACCCCGCGUAUCAAACCAAAUGAUCCACAUUCAGGAUUGGCUGCCGACCUUGCUAACCGCUAUAGGGGCAGAAUACGCAUUGAACAAGCAACUAGACGGUCGCGACGUCUGGGCAGCUAUUAAUGAUCCCGCCAUGCAAACCUAUGACGAGCUCCUACUAGUCAUAGACAACCAAAGGAACUUGUCCGCGCUGAUCAAACGCAAGGAGGAUGACAUUUGGAAACUAUCAAUAGGAACCAUACAGAACGGAAAGUUUGACAAGCGCAUCGGCCCUUGCGGAAGAGAUCACAAAUAUGACUGGAUUGCGUUAAAAGAAUGCCCAGUGACGAAAUCUAUCAGGAAGACCAAAUGUCCUCUCCCGUCUCCAAGUAUAAUAAAUGGUAUCAGACAAGCUGCUGAAGUGAGCUGUCAAACGGAACAGGGCGGAAAAUUGUUUCAGCGGUGCCACCCUGAAUUGGGAGAAAUUUGCCUGUUCAAUUUGAAAGACGAUCCCUGUGAGACAAAUAAUCUUGCUGAUGAGAGGAGAGAUAUAGUUGAUGAGUUAUUUGAGUCGCUCUCUGAGCACAACAACACUCUGGUCCCCCCAAGAAAUACGCCUCGCGAUCCAGCCAGCAAUCCCAAAUGUUGGGAUAAUGUGUGGACAAACUGGAGGGACUAUCCACCAUCAAGGUUGUGCGAAACCGACCUACGGAGACCGAAAGCUGAGUCAGGACAAUAUACAGAGGAAUUGAUCAGUUAAAGCCCUCCAGAUAUGCAUUAACUGUAUGCUAUAUGAUAUAUAAAUUAAAAAUCUAUGUUUUGCAACCCAGAA